AGCGGCCGCGGGGCCCGCAGGAGAAGAUACCCAGAGAGGAAUGCAAGUCGUCCUCGCCCCGAGUGCUGUCCUGGUGUCUGUCACGAAGUGCUUCUUGAGCCAGCAGCGGUGCCUCGGUUCCCAGGAUCCCUAGGAUGAGGCUGCUGUGAAGGAGGGGCAGACCCUGCCUGCGCUGCCGCUGCCGUGCCUGCAGAGCCCCGCGGCCCCUCCUGGCUGAGCGCCGUGCCCAGAGCCGCCGGGCACAAUGACUGUCGGAUGCGUGCUGCAGCCCCCUGUCCUGGGGAGGACUUUGCUCCCCGUGCUGCUGCUGGCGGCCUCGGCUCACUGCCACUGGCCCAGCGAGCCGGCAGAAGUGGUGCGGGACUGGGAAAACCAGCUGGAGGCCUCCAUGCACUCGGUGCUCUCGGACCUCCGAGAGACUGUGCCGGCCGUGGUGGGCAUACCCGACAGCUCCGCCGUGGUGGGCCGCUUCUUCAGAGUCUCCAUCCCCACAGAUUUAAUUGCUUCCAAUGGAGAGGUGGUCCAGAUCUCCGAAGCUGGGAAGGAGUCCUUGCCCUCUUGGUUGCACUGGAAUGCAGAGAGCAGCUCCCUGGAAGGGCUGCCCCUCGACACGGAUAAGGGCGUCCACUACAUCUCGGUGGCCACGCUGCAGCCCUUCCCCAACGGGAGCUACGUGCCGCAGACCACAAACGUCUUCUCCGUUGAGGUCCACCAAGAAGACCACAACGAGCCUCAGUCGGUGCGAGUGGCGGCCCAAGACACGGGCGAGGCAGCGCCCUUCGUGUGUGGCGCAGAAGAGCCGGUGACCGUCCUGACCGUCAUUUUGGACGCCGACUUAACAAAAAUGACACCAAAGCAGAGGAUCGAACUUCUCAACAGAAUGAGAAGCUUCUCGGAGGUGGAGCUUCACAACAUGAAGUUGGUUCCUGUUGUAAAUAACAAACUCUUUGACAUGUCAGCCUUCAUGGCUGGCCCGGGAAAUGCGAAGAAGGUGGUGGAAAACGGGGCCUUACUCUCGUGGAAGCUGGGAUGCUCUCUGAGCCAAAACAGCGUGCCCAACAUCAGCAAGGUGGAGGCUCCGGCUAAGGAAGGCACGAUGUCUGCCCGCCUCGGCUACCCCGUCGUCGGCUGGCACAUCGCCAACAAGAAACCUCACCUCCCCAAGAGGAUGCGGCGGCAGAUCAACGCCACCCCCACGCCUCUCACUGCCGUCGGGCCGCCCACCACCGCCGCGCAAGAGCCCCCGACGAGGAUCGUCCCCACCCCGACGUCGCCUGCCAUAGCACCCCCCACGGAGACGACGGCACCCCCCGUCAGGGAGCCCAUCCCGCUGCCGAGGAAGCCCACGGUCACCAUCAGAACAAGGGGCCCCAUCGUCCAGACACCCACGCUGGGACCAAUCCAGCCCACCAGGGUGAUAGAAGGCACGGGUACGGCCUCCGUGCCGAUUCGCCCCACGAUGCCUGGCUACGUAGAGCCCACCGCGGUGAUCACGCCGCCCACGACCACCACCAAGAAGCCCAGAGUCUCCACUGUGAAGCCCGCCACGCCAUCCACGACCGAUUCCUCCACGGUGACGACGCGCAGGCCUACUCGAAGGCCCAAAACGCCCCGUCCGACGAAGCCUCCCAGCACCACCAGAUCCCCGAUCUCCAAGCUGACCACCGCCUCCCCGCCGAGCCGCGUACGCACCACAGCCAGCGGCAUCCCCCGGCCCUGGGAGCCCAACGAGCCACCCAAGCUGACCAACCACAUCGACAGGGUUGACGCGUGGGAGGGCACUUACUUUGAGGUUAAAAUACCCUCAGAUACCUUUUACGAUAAGGAAGACACCACCACUGACAAGCUGCAGCUGACCUUGAAGCUGAAGGAGCAGCAGAUGUUGGAGGAGAAUUCGUGGGUCCAGUUCAACAGCACAAGCCAGCUCAUGUACGGCAUGCCAGACCACAACCACAUCGGGAAGCACGAGUAUUUCAUGUAUGCCACAGACAAAGGCGGGCUCUUUGCCGUGGAUGCCUUUGAAAUCCACGUCCAUAAACGCCCGCAUGGGGACAAGUCUCCAGUGAAGUUCAAGGCCAGGUUGGAAGGAGACCACAACGCGGUGGUGAAUGACAUCAACAAGAAGAUCCUGCUGGUGAAGAAGCUGGCUCUGGCGUUCGGCGACAGGAACAGCAGCACCAUCACGGUGCAGGACAUUGCCAAAGGCUCCAUCGUGGUGGAAUGGACGAACAACACGCUGCCUGUCGAGCCCUGCCCCCGGGAGCAGAUCCGGACUUUGAGCAAAAAGAUUGCAGACGACUCAGGGGGGGCCGAGCCUGCUUUCUCCAACAUCUUACAGCCCGAGUUCAAGCCUCUGAACGUGUCGGUGGUCGGCUCCGGCAGCUGCAGGCACAUCCAGUUUAUCCCCGUGACGAAGGACGGCCGGGUGAUCUCGGAGGCAACGCCAACGCUGGCGGCCGGCAAAGACCCGGAGAAGAGCAGCGAGGAUGACGUGUACCUGCACACCGUCAUCCCCGCCGUGGUGGUGGCCGCCAUCCUCCUGGUGGCCGGCAUCAUCGCCAUGAUCUGCUACCGCAAGAAGAGGAAAGGCAAGCUCACCAUCGAAGACCAGGCCACCUUCAUCAAGAAGGGCGUGCCCAUCAUCUUCGCCGAUGAGCUGGACGACUCCAAGCCUCCGCCGUCAUCCAGCAUGCCCCUCAUCCUCCAGGAGGAGAAAGCCCCGCUGCCCCCCCCGGAGUACCCGAACCAGAGCAUGCCGGAGACCACGCCGCUCAACCAGGACACCAUCGGGGAGUACACGCCGCUGCGGGACGAGGACCCCAACGCGCCGCCCUACCAGCCGCCCCCCCCCUUCACCGCGCCCAUGGAGGGGAAGGGCUCCCGCCCGAAGAACAUGACCCCCUACCGCUCCCCGCCGCCCUACGUCCCCCCUUAACGAACCGGACACCAUCGGGGGAGAAGGGGCCUCCGGUCCCACACCGGUGCUGUCUGUGGGCCGGCAGCCCCCUCGCCAGCCGGGAAGCCCAAAUCCCAGCCCGCUCCCGAGCAGGCCCCCUCCGGCUGCGCCCGCCACACCAGAGUGCUCGUGGAACCUGGGGGACACUUGUUUUAUUUUUGCCUAACAAGCUUUGGUUUUAUUUUAUUCCUAGAGAAAUUCUCGGCUCAAAAUCCGUCUUUCUGGCGCCGGGGUCCGGAUGCGGCCGGGGCCGGCGCAGAGGGCAGGGAGGGGGGGACGAGCAGGCAGCACUGGGGUGGCACUCUGGGUCUCCGCUGUUUGCCUUUAACACUAACUGUACUGUUUUUUCUAUUCACGUGUGUCUAGCUACAGGACGUAACAUGAAAGGUAGCCUAAAAAUAAUUAAAUUCAAGGGACUUUCUGAAGUUGACGUUUUAAGUUUUUACAGUUAAUCUACUGUUUACCUAAACUCCUAUCUAUAUAGUUUUGGGGGCUGGGGAGGGAAGCGCUAUGCUACAAAUAAGCUCCGGGGGUGUUCCAGGCCUAGGGAGAGGGGGGGCCUAGAGGCCAGCCAGCCCUGUCGCUAGGGGGAGAUCAGGUUUCUUGGUUUGUUUGUUUUUGUUUUGUUGUUUUUACUUUAUUUUUUAAUCAAAGAAAUCCUAUUUUUCUCACGCAUCAUGGAAUAGCCACCAGUCGAGUCAGAGCAGCCGGGGUGCCGUAGGCACGGGGCUGCUGCCUACGGGGGGGCUCCAGCAAGGAGCCCGUGCGAGGGUGGGUGCCGGGGCUGAGGGGGCUUUUGUAAGGAAAAAAAGCUCUCCGUGGGGCGUUUUGGGGACAGAGGGGGGUUUCCGUAGCACACUGCCAUCUCUCCACCGGGAUUCCUCUCCAUCAGGGUGACCCUGGGGGGGCCGCCCUGGCUGCCCGGCCACGCGGCCGUGGGCACAGCCCCGCGGCUCCUGGAAAAGUUUAACGAGGAGAUUUUAAAAAAAAAAAAAAAAGGAAAAAAAAAAAAAAGGAUAGCGAAUAGUCAAACAAUCAGUGAACUCUCAAAUCUAAUUUUUUUACUAAAUUUUUGAUACAGCCUCGAAUCGUUUUAUUAAAAAAUAUCUAUAAAUAUAAUUAAAAAUCGGUAACGCUGACA